AUGCGGCGUGGAAGCCAAGACACUCUGUCGCCUCGCUUGCCCGAGCCGAGCGUCGACUCUGCCGACUAUCAGCCAGAGGUUGACGUGGAGCGCUUGGCGCAGCACUUUGCGCAGCGCUAUGGGAGUCUGGCGGAGGCACGCAAAGCGCUGGAUCCCGAGGUGGAGCUGAAAUUGGUCGAGUUCGAGCUGGCGCUGAAGAAAUGGGGGGUCAAGGUGGACAACGUGGUUCACUUCUUCGCUCACAUCGACGAAGAUUACAGCGGCAGCAUCUCCGUCGAGGAGCUCCUGAAUGUGCUGGACUCGCCCUUGGACGAGAUCAAGCGUCGCGAGAAGCUUCGGCAAAGGAAUGAGGUCAAGCGAAUCUUUGAGGAGAUGGCGCGCAGCAUCUGUGAGAAGUUUGGCAGCAUCGAGGAAGCUUUCCAGAAGCAUGGCAGCUGGUUGCAUUCGACGAGUUCCUCGCUGUCCCUGGCGCAGUUUGGGAGAUUGGCGAAGCAGCUCGACAUCGAGUUGGAAGCCGCCGUCAUGCAGCGGGUCUUCAACGAAAUCGACGAGGACAAAGAAGGUUCCAUCUCGGUGGAGGAGCUGCAGAAGGCACUUUCCUACCCGAUCGUGCGAUAUGUGGUGGUGGAAAUUGCCGGCCUUCUCGAGCAGAAGCACGGGGGUGUUGUGGAGGCUUUUGAGAGCAUCGGAGAGAUCCGCCCCGGUUCUGUUUCAAAGGUUCCACCACCACCUCCGUCGGGUGAUCGGCCACCUGUGCGGCUCGCGGUCCACGAGGGCGUGUCGCAGGAGCACUUUCUAAAGGUGCUGAGGCAGCUGAAGGUCCUGGACACUAUCACGGACAGUGCUGCCACGAUGAUCUGGACCAGCCUCCAGCCGUUCACUAUGCAGGACUUCGUGCAGAGACUUCUAGAGGAACACCGGCAAGCCGAGGAGGAGAAACAGCGCCACGAAGAGGACCGUGAAAGGCUCCGGGCUCUAGUUAUUGCUCGCAGCACGACCCAUUGCCCUCAGGCGUGA